AAGUCCUGCUCCAUAACCUGCCCAAAGCCCAUGACUUCAAAGUCCAUAAUCAUUCCUCGUCAUUGUGGUACGAAAGCCACCUGUGCACCCAAAGCCCACAGCGUCUACGGCUGUGGUUCUCUAGGAAGCACUCGGAUCUCCACCUGCACUUAUCUUGCAGGUAUUCGCUCCCCCUGCAUGCCACAUAAAAUCGGUGGAUGUCUUGGUGGAUUCGGUGCACGAAUAAUGGCUGGAGGUUGCCACAAAAAAGAUUAUGACUACAUUAAGAUGUCUGAGAAGUCCACCAUGCAGAACCUGAAUGACCGUCUUGCAUGCUACCUGGAGAAGGUGAGGUCUCUGGAGGCUUCCAAUGCCAGCCUGGAGAAGCUGAUCUGGGAAUACUAUGAGAAGAAGAGACCCAUCUGUCAGAAGGACUACAGUUGCUACCUGAACACCACUUACUGUCUGCAAGACAAGAUUAAAGAUGCCACCAUCAAGAACGCUGACAUCCUCCUGCAGAUCGACAAUGCUAAGCUGGCUGCUGAAGACUUCAGAAUAAAAUAUGAGCAUGAAUCAGUCAUGCGGCAGUGUGUGGAGGCUGACAUCACUAAUCUGCGCCGCAUACUGGAUAAGACAUACCUGUCAAAGGCUGACCUGGAAACACAGAUCUGCAUUCUGCAAGAGGAACUGGCGUUUAUGAGGAAGAACCACCAAGAGGAGGUGGCGUCACUGAUGUGUCAGUUGACACCGAACAUUUGUGUGGAAGUGGAUGCCGCUCCUCAACAAGACCUGAAUAAAGUUUUGGAUGAAAUCCGUUGUCAUUAUGAUACUAUCAUUGACAAACACCGUAAGAAGCAGGAAUGCUGGUUCAAAGAGAAGACAGCAGACUUGUGCAAAGAUAUGGCCAACAACACAGGGUGCAUGAAAACUUUGAGGUUACAGGUCGCAGAUUUAUGGCGCACCUUGCAGUGCCUGGAGAUCGAGCUACAGUCUCAAAUCAACCUGAAAGGAGCUCUGAAUUGUUCACUGGCAGACACAGAGGCUCGGUACGGUGCUAUACUUGCUGGAUUUCAGAAACAGAUCAAUGUGUUGGAAGCAGAGCUGUGUCAGAUGAGGACUGGCAUUGAGCAACAGGGUAAAGACUAUGCUGCCCUUCUGGACAUCAAGAGCCAUUUGGAAAAGGAGAUUGCCACCUACAGGUGCCUGCUGGAAAAUCAGGAUAUCCAGUAA